AUGUCAAAUAGUGAGAAGCUACAAUUGACCUAUAGUUUCUGUCAGUUAACAUUGUUUUCCGACCAUUCCCUGUUUCAGCGUGGUAUACUGGAGCGGCUUAACGCCGGUGAGGUUUUAGUAGGAGAUGGGGGACUGUGCUAUGCUUUGGAAAAGCGCGGAUAUGUGAAAGCAGGACCUUGGACUCCUGAGUGUACGGUGGAGCACCCAGAGGCAUGGAAAUAUCGACGUCAUCAGUCUGUAUGUUUGGCACGAUCCAUUAUUCUAGCCAAUUUAUUACUCACUUGUUUAGCUCUGGAGCCUCGUACACUAACUCGUUGGGAUGUGCAUAAGUACGCUCGGCGGGCCUAUGAUAUGGGAGUGAGGUAUAUCGGAGGCUGCUGUGGCUUUGAACCAUACCACAUCCGGGCUAUUGCUGAAGAGCUUGCUCCAGAACGAGGAAGAUUUCCUGCAGCUAGUGAAAAGCACAGUCCCUGGGGAGAGGCUCUCAAACACCGCGCAGUAGCUGAAGUCCGAGCAGGUAAGACUGGGGAGAGCUCUAAAGACUUCCAAACAACUUGGUUUAAACUUGAAUUAGCCAAUCGCGCCUACUGGGAGAAUCUAAAACCAGCCAGCGGUCGUCCAUUCUGCCCUUCGCUAAGUAGACCUGGACCACGCAGCCAACUGCAAUGAACCAAACGAACCUUGCGAAUUUUGCAUUAUAAUUUAUUACUGAUGUGGAAAAACGAAGACAACCUUAUAAACCAACUAUAUAAAUAUUUUCCUCAAUUUUCUAAACUUACUAGUCCUCCAUCUCCUCCUAACACCUCGCCAUCAUUAAGCUGCUCCAAUCCAAGAUGCUGCGCUAGAGAACGUUAUAACAUGGUUAAAUUGAUUUUCAAGAGUGAUGACGAGGAGACAGCUCGGGUUGAAGAUAACCGGGAUAUCUUACUAAACGAAAAAACAAACAAACAAAACAAAACAUGAGUUUUUAUUUGUUUUUCGACCUCGCCAGGAACCUGUUCACAAGCUAAGGGUCAGUACUAUCCCACCGAAUCGGAAAAACAAAAUAUCGUAAAUAAAAAUACUAGCCCUCAGGCAGGCAGAUAAACUGAAUAUUUUUUGGACAAUUCUCAAUACCCAAGCGUGGAUGAAAUUGAACUAAGCUGACAAGUAACGUAACAACUGUAACACAAAACGAAUAGAAAACAAUCUUGAUCAUUGAUGCCUGACAUCAAGGUACUUAAACGAUCCAGUGGCAAAUGCAAUCAAGGAUUCACAUGCCAUCAUUAUGUAAAAUUGAGAACAAAGUCUACAACAUGCUUCAUUUCGCACUAGUCCAAGGCAAGAUCAUUUUCGCGGUAGAAAUAAAAGUACAGUCAAGCCUCCACUAUUGGCCACCUGUCUACAACGGUCACUUUUUUGUCACGGCGGACGGCCCAUACAUUCAGUCUUAUUCAGUUACCUCUCUACAACGUACGACCACCUCUGCACAACAGCAGCGGCCACUGAAGCGCGUCUAAAACACCUCUCGACAAUUUUCGCGGCAGAACUAAAAGUAGAGAUAGAUAAUGGCGCGUGUAAGUCAGUGCCAGUUUUAAGCUAUGAGAAGUUAGUUACCCUCCAGAAAUAAAUGUUGUUCAAGGAUCGUUUCUUUAAAGCCACUAUUUUUUUUAUCUUGUUUAGCCCUUUUAUCGGUGAGGAACAUCCAUGUGCUUAUUUCAGCGAUAAGAACACGGCUUUUGAUGUAACGCGACCUUGCUGUUUCGCAUAAUCGAGUCGCAACCGAUGGCUUUCAUGAAAAAAUCUACGAUUACACUGAAGAUUUUUCUCAGCUACCGUUCGAGCAGAGUCGCUUCGAUCUUAUCCGCAGCCUAUUGUGAUUUUUCGUCCAAACACGUGCACUCGAUCUAGCGGCGCUGAGUUGCGUAAAGCAAACUAGCUUGAUCUUCAGGCGACAGGAAAAACAUGUUGGGCAACCUUUAUAGGUUUACAAGGUAGAGUGGCUCAAUCGAGAAUGGGUAUCCAUCGGAGCAAUGCAGUUCACGUACGGUCUAGCACAGCUGUUCUUGUACGUAAUGUAGUAUGCAGGAAAAGUCAUUCGAGAUUGACCUUUAAAAGAACUAAACAAUAAGAAUUCACAAGGUUUGUAACGAAGUCAGUAAACUAACUCGUAUAACUAGAAUAACCCGUAAGUCACACAUGUCCCGCAAAGGUUACCUCAUGUCAAUCAUCAUUGACUGGGGAAUCUACGGGUCUGCUCAGAGCACUUUGAUUGUUUUUACUGUAAUUUGAGUGCGUUUGUAUCCUGAUUGCAUGCAUGCAUGCAUGAUUGCAUUCGGACAUUGUGUAAUUUUUUCGGGCAAGAUGGUCACCGUCCCCCCUCACCCACUAAGUUCAAAGGUGCCCUUACACAGCUGCAAAUAAUCUGCACUUACCUUUUCAGUUUUAGACACUAUGCGGCAGUCCAAAUAUUCCUAAACACCGAGGUUAAUCCUGGAUAUCUACAGGCUCUGGGGUGUAGUAAAAUCCUCGACGGAAAGCUUGCGCCCCUGGCUUGCGCAACUUAUUGCAGACUGGG